AAUCUCUGCUGCAUUCCCUCCUCUCCAUCCAGAGCAAGCAAACCUCCUCCACCAUGGCCUCCUACUCUCGCUCCACCUUCUCCAGCGGAAACCGGUUCGGGUCCAUGAGGGCCCCCAGCGUGUACGGUGGCGCCGGAGGCUCCGGGGUCCGCAUCUCCAGCAUGAGCGCUCCCAGAAGCUUCUCCUCCGCCGCCACCGGUGCCGCUGCAGGAGGUGGCUUCAACCUGGCCGACGCCAUCGACAUCUCCGACAACAAGAAGAUGGCCAUGCAGAACCUGAACGACCGGCUGGCCUCCUACCUGGAGAAGGUGCGCAACCUGGAGAAGGCCAAUGCCGAGCUGGAGCUGAAGAUCAGACAGUUCCUGGAGAACAAGACCAAACCUGAGGGCCACGACUGCACUGCAUUCAAGGUGGUCAUCAGCGACCUGCAGGACCAGAUCUUAGACGCCACCCGCACAAACGGGUCUCUGUACCUGGCCAUCGAUAACGCCAAAUUGGCUGCUGAUGACUUCAGGGUCAAGUUUGAGAACGAGCUGGCCAUGCGUCAGGGUGUCGAGGGUGACAUCGCCGGGCUGAAGAGGGUCCUGGACGAGCUGACUCUAGGAAGAUCCGACCUGGAGAUGCAGAUCGAGGCUCUGAGGGAGGAACUCAUCCAGCUCAAGAAGAACCAUGAGGAGGACCUGCUGGCUCUGAGGGCUCAGAUGAGCGGUCAGGUGAACGUGGAGGUGGACGCCGCUCCUCAACAGGAUCUGUCCGCCAUCAUGGGCGGAAUCAGAGAACACUACGAGAACGUCGCUACCAAGAACCGCAGAGACCUGGACACCUGGUUCCAGGCAAAGUCUGAGGAGAUCAAUAAGGAGGUUGCCGUGAGCACAGAGUCUCUCCAGUCAUCACGCUCUGAGGUCACAGAGGUCAAACGCUCGCUGCAGGGUCUGGAGAUCGAGCUCCAGGCACAGCUCAGCAUGAAAGCGUCUUUGGAGGGAUCCCUCGCCGACACCCAGGGCAGGUAUGCUGCCAUGCUAGCGGGUUACCAGAAGCAGGUGUCCUCUCUGGAAGACCAGCUGGCUCAGCUGAGAGCUGACCUGGAGCGCCAGGGACACGAGUACCAAAUGCUGCUGGACACUAAGACCAGGCUGGAGAUGGAGAUCACUGAGUACAGGAGGCUGCUGGAUGGAGAGCUGUCGAGCCCGGCCUCCUCCACUUUGACUCGUAAAGUGCUGAUUGUCACCAAAGAGGUGGUGGACGGUGAAGAGGUCAGCUCCAAGACUGAGGAGACUCAGUGAGACGACACACUUGUCACCAUGCUGCCGACCGUUCUCAGA